AUGGAGAAGUACAUGCUGGUGUCAACUGUCCUUCCUUAUUUUCGGACGGUUGUCUUGCUGCUGGUGGUGAUCUGCAGUUGCCCGGGGGUCGGGCCCACUCCGGCCGCCUCCGGGGCCGUGCACACUCCGGAAGACUUCAGUCGGCGUUCGUUUGGAAGCAUCUUCUCCCCACUGCUCAAAGCCUUGGAGGAGCACGGAGGGUCGAGGUGGAACCCAGGCAUGAGGAGAAAGAUGAAACCCGAGCACAGGUACAUCAAAUACCUGACGGAGGUCUUCAAGAAAUCCAGACUGCAGAGUAGUUUGGACGGGACGGAAACCUACAACACAGUCCGACUGAUGAAGCCCCAAGACGAAUGUCUGGCCCAAAGUAACAAAGAGAGUUUUACGCAGGGUGUCUCCUACAGCCUGGAUCAAAUUCGGAAAAAAGAGGAGCUUCUGAAAUCAACCCUACUGUACAGUUUUGACCCUGACGAUGCUGCAUCUUUCAACUCUGUGUGCUUCCUCAGCAUCAAGGAGCAGGAACACUCAAACCAGUGUCAGCUGUGUCCUGAGGUCCACCUGGCUGUGAACUUCACAGCCAACGUAGACCAAUGGAACGGAAGAAACUGGGUGGAGGUGGACAUGACGCGAUUUCUAAUGCCUCUCCUAAAAUUUCAGAAGAACAAAAUACACCUGUUCAUCAAUGUCACCUGCCCAGAGGAACAAAUAGUCAGGGCUGAUGGUCACAGAGGCACAAUGGAGUUCACCCUGAGGUCCCCUCCACUGCUUUUGUAUCUCAGUGACACUGGUAAAAUUGUCCAUCAGAAGUUACUAUCUAGCACUAAAGCAGACCAGAAACCGACGACUGCCGCAGAUAAACCACACAAGCAGGUGAUUUUCAAAGCAAAACACAGGACUGGGCACAAAAGCAGAUGGAAAAGGGAAUCUCCGAAAAGCAAACGAGGUGAUAAAAGCCUCGAUAGCCACCUGCCUGAGCUACUGUCCAGCUCUGAGUUUCCAACAACUGACUGUGCCUUGUAUGAUUUCAGGGUGCGAUUUAGUCAGCUUAAACUUGAUCACUGGAUUGUUUUUCCUCCCAAGUACAACCCUAGGUACUGCAAAGGUAUCUGCCCAAGAACCAUGGGCUUUAUAUAUGGCUCCCCUGUCCAUACCAUGGUGCAAAACAUCAUAUAUGAGAAGUUAGAUUCCUCUGUGCCCAGACCGUCAUGUAUUCCCUCCCAUUACAGCCCGCUGAGCGUCAUGAUCUUUGAAGAGGAUGGCUCCUAUGUCUACAAGGAGUUUGAAGACAUGGUUGCCACUCGGUGUACAUGUCGCUAA